CUGAUGAUGAUACUAAUGUUUCAGAAUGUUGUGAAAAGAUUUUACAAGACUUGGGCGCAAUGGUUCGUAAAAGUUAUACAGGUACAUGAAGCUGUUUAAUUCUUAUAUAUGUACGCUUUUGAUUGACUUCAUUUUAGAUACUAUUACUCAUUUAGUUUUCAAAAACGGUUCACCUACUACAUUUAACAAAGCAAAGACUAAAGGCAAACAUAUAGUUAAUUUACUAUGGGUAACACAUUGCCAGGAAAAAAAUAAGAAAGUGCCUGAAGAAGAAUAUAAGGUCACUAUUGCUCCCCAGAAAUUAAUUGGAAAUAAAAGACGUAAAUCAUCUAUGGAGCCCGGAAGAGUAAAAGCCUUGUUUGGACAUGAAAGCUCGCUUUCUGAUAAUAUUGCAUCAGACAAUGAAGAAGUAAGGAGAAGAACAAUUGUAACAACAGAUUGGGUUGCAAAAAGUCUAGAAAGUAAUAAAAGAGCCAUAUCUCGUGAACGUGAAAUCCGAAAAAGAUAUAUUGAAGAAUUAGAAAAAGAAGAAGAGAGUGCUAAAAAAGAAGAUCCAUUAGCUAAAUUAGACAAACCAUCCUUACCACCAAGACUAUCACUCCCUAUUUGUGCUGAAACUAUUGCAAAUAGACAUACAACUAAAAAGCGUAAAUCCAACAUGAAUGAAAUUAUUCCUGUUGAACCACCCAGUAAAGAAGCACAAGAGCAAAUCAAAGCAAGAUUUUCUAUAGGCGAUAAGAAUACCAAAAAUAAUAUUACUGAUACUAAUGACAAUAGCAACAAUGAUUCUACCAUCACCAUUCCUUCCUCCUCCUCCUCCUCUCAUAGUCACAAUAAUAACUCAUCUUCUAACAGCAAAAAUCCAUUAGCCACCAGUAACAAUUCCUCUUUAUCCAACUCUAAAAACAACAAUAAUAACAAUAAUAAUAAUAAUAGCAUUAUUCCUGUGGAAUUACCACAAAUACCACAAAUUAAUAAUAACAGUAUUCGUAGACGUAAACUAAAAGUAUAUACCCAAUCACCAUCGUCUACAGAUACUGUUAAACAGCCACUGGCACUUAAAGUGUCGAUAGACCGUACGUCAAAUACUAGUAGUAAAAAUGUCAAAUAAAUAAAGAAAGAAAAAAUUAUACCUUUUUAGUGUAUUUCAUAUAAUAGUAGUACCGCCUAUUUAUUUAUGUUAUGUAACACAAUAACCAGUCUGGUUAUGUCAAGAAAU